AUGCGCAAGAUUGUCUUUGAUCGUUUGUACCAUGGCGUCCGGUCCUACGAUGACUAUUUCAUCCUGAAGAAGGAUGCCAUGGGAACGAUUAGCUUCUCUGGUUACCAACAGUUCACACCCACACUCCGGAUGCUUGCAUAUGACACGGCCGCUGAUUCGUGGGACGAGUACCUACCAAUGUCUGAGAGCACAUGCGGAGAUGCGAUGGUCAGGUUUUCAACUACCAUGGUCGAGGUGUUCGGACCUCAAUACCUAAGAGAACCAACUGUUGCAGACACCGAGAGGCUCUUGGGUCAUGUUAAGAAGCCCACCAUCAUUCUUGAAGAAGUUGCAUCGCAAGAUCUUUGA